AAGCAGAAGUCUCGCCUCAGCCCUAUCGGUUCCUUGUCUCGUCUCGCAAUAAUUUUUCAGUUUCCCAGCCGGGCAGAGCAUAAACGCCGCUCUCUCUCCUUCUUCGACAGCGGAACAGAAGAAGGCGCCGCCACCACCAGCUAGACGCCAUCUGCUUGCGAGUGUCUUCCUCGCCCUUUGAUUUUUCUCUGAUAUUCUGCUUCUGCGUUGCCAAGUGCACGGGUUUGGCAAGGCUCGGUUUUCUGUUGAAAUUCUCUUGACCUCUUGCAUUCCAGAAUAUGGGGUUUACAAAGGAGCAAUUGCUUGCACGCUUGAAGGCCUUUGCCCUGUGAUGGUGCUUCAGGAGCUUGGUAUCAAAUUUGAGCAGUAUGACCAUCCUGCUGUUCUAACUGUAGAAGCUCAGGCAAAAUAUGUGGGGGACAAAGGAGGCGGACUUAGCAAAAAUUUAUUCUUGAAGGACAAGAAAAGUAGGUUCUACAUUGUUUCAGCUCUUGCAGAUACUAAAGUAGAUCUGAAAGUUUUGUCUCAGCGGCUUGGUUUGGGGAAGGGAGGCAUAAGAAUGGCUCCUGAAGAAGCAUUAGGACAGCUACUACAGGUUCCUCUAGGCUGUGUCACUCCAUUUGCACUCAUCAAUGAGUCAGCAAGCUACGUUUCACUCUUGUUGGACAAGGAAUUCAAAACCCAGCCACAUUGCUUCUUCCAUCCGCUAUCUAAUGAAACAUCAAUCUCCGUCCAAGCUAGUGACCUAGAUAAGUUUCUUAAAUCAAUUGGGAGAGAGCCCUCAUAUGUUGACCUUGAGGCUAACCCACCAGUAGGGAAAGAUCAACCUCCAGAUCUAGCUAUUCUCGUACCAUCUGGUACCAUUGAUAUACCAGAUGCUCCUGAAAACAGUACGCCUUCACAAGCUGUGAGUGAGAAGUCUUUUCCUGUUCAAAAGAAGUGCACACCCGCCUCAGUUGAUUCAGUGAAAUCUGCUAAGCCAAGCAGUGCUGAUCCAAAUGCGAAAGACAAGCCAAACAAUGCAGCGCCCCAACCAAAUGCUUUUGCAGAGUCCAGACUAUUUGUGGAUGAGAUUCUCAAGAAGACGACAGAAUUGCUGCUUUCUGAGCUCACAGAAGAUGUUGCGAAGCAAGAAGCUUUAGCCAACAGUGUCAGAAAGCAUCUUGCUCCUGAUUUACAAAAUCUCACGCGUACCUUUUGUUCCUUAUUGCAGGUAAUGUUUAAGAACACAGCCUAUACACAAGGUUUCUACGCUGGUAGUAAUUGUCAACCAAAGCGUCUAUGA